UUGAAAAUUUAGAGAGAGAGAGAUACAGUACAGAAAUGGAGGGAAGUUAUGAAAAUGCCACCGCCAUUAACACCACCACCACCACCAUCAACACCACCACUGACCCUAUUAACAAUCUCUAUUUUAGAUCAUCAGUCACACCAUCCCCUAGAUCGGUGAGGAUCUAUUUCCCUUUUGCUGCGUCUACACUAUUUCCACAACGAAUUCCCUUCAACUCCACCAUGAAAACCACCACCACCACCACCACACCAACAAAUAACUUGAUAAAUUUCAAUUCUCAACUCUACUUUUCAUCAUCAUCUAUAAUACGACCAAGAUCGUUGAUGAUCGCUUAUCUGUUUGCUGUUUCUCCACUCUUCCCACUACGAAUUUCCUCUCCUACACAGCCCUCCAAUAUUGAUAGAAAAUUUUGGUUCGAAUUUCGCUGGAUUCAUCAACCACCAGCUGCUGCUAAUGAGCAAGAUCUACCAGUUGCUGCUGCUGAGCAACCACCUCCUGCUGACGAGGUUGUUGAGCAAGUACCAGUCCAUCAGAUCAAUCCUCUUCCUGUUUUGCAUCAGCUUCGUAUCAUUGUGAUUGGAGGUCGAUUAACUGGGAAAUCAACGUUUCUGAAUUGUUUUCCCCAUGCGAGAGAGGGAAAUACAUGGACGAUUGAUUUCCAAGUUGACAAUGGAUUAAUUCGAUUUGUGUGCGAGGAGAUUCAAAGAAAAGACCUAAACAUUUAUCACCGCCUGUCAGAGAGAGGUAAUUAUGAUGGUGCUGUUUUACUUGUUGAUGCAUCGAAUGCUUCAACAAUUAAUCUCGCGCGACAAAUGUAUAAUGAAGUCUUUAGCCAUCUUGGAUCCAACACCUCAAGAAUCAUCGUUAUUGCGUGCAAUAAAUCAGAAGUACACGAGAAAAAGAGUAUCAACCGGCGACCAAAGAUCACUGUUGGGGUUAAGAUUCCAUGCUUUUACAUUUCGGCAAGGCACAAAGUAAACAUUGAGAAGCCGUUUUUGGAAAUAGCAAGGAGAGCGAUUGGGAGGACAUGGUAGAUGCAGUAGUCCAGAAGAAUGCCGAACUACCAGAGCUGCAGCUAGAUGGAAGCUAGUCAUCCUCACUGACAACAGAAAUUGAUGUUUUUCUUCCCACUUAUUGUCCAGUAGCCUUUAUGGACCAGUUUGAAAUUCUCCCAGUUAAUAAUUACAUAAAUAGAAGCUGUAAUAGUUCAGCUGACUUGCUUAUGCUUUAAAAUAUCCUAUUGUUAGUAUUAGCUUAGAAA